AUGACGAAAUCAGCCAACACAUCCACUUCAUCAUCAUCUAUUCGUCCAGCAAACUCCAUUGGAACAUUGAUACCGACAACGUCUCCGGGUAAUAAUAAUAUUUCAUCACCGCAACAAAAAUUAUCAUCGCCUUCAACGAUGUCAUUGCGUCCUCAACAACCUCCAAUCGUUACUUCGGUACCACCAGAAAUUUUUGCUAAAAUAUGCGAUUACCUGACACCGAUUGACAUCUUCAAAUUAUCGACUGUUUGUUUACAAUAUCGAAAUUUUUUGUGUACCCCAUGUUCAGUUAUAUCUCAAAAUAUUUGGCGUAAUUCAAGAACCAAAUUCUUAACUUAUCCUGAAUUAUCUCCACCACAAGGAAUGGAAGAGGAAAAGUACAUUCGGAUUACAAAUUUUGAUAAAAGUUGUGAAUUUUGCGGAAAUCGUGAUCCAGAAUCUUCAAGAUUAUAUUGGGAAUUUAGAGUUCGUUGUUGUGAUAAGUGUUUACUCGAAAGAACCAAAACAUAUUAUUGGAUUGAUGAUGUAAAGUCAAUAAGCAAAGAAUAUUCUUCUUUGAAGGGAAAGGAUUAUUCGAGUUGGUUAUUGAAAAAAAAAGAACAACAUAAAAAAUAUAUGGCCGAAGUAUCUCGUUAUUAUUUGGAGGAUCAAAAGCAAUGGAAUGAUUUGCAAAAGAAAUCCAGGCAUCGUUAA